UGUGGCUGAGACUUUCUGAAAGCUACGCUCCGUUUUUAGCCAAAAACACUUCCCAGAUAGCGCGAUUCGUCAGCAUUUCAUAGCAGGAGUUUGGACGGUAAAAACACAUAACGAGGUGCAAACCAGCCGCAGCUGCACUUAUAGUGGUGAUCAGGACAGCCCGGGGCCGGACAUGACUGGAGCUGGAAGUGGCGGCCAGGGUCCGCCUGACGGGACGGAUGCUGAGGAGGCGGAGAGGUGUCCUAUAUGUCUGGGCGUCCUGGCCGGUGGCGAGCUCGCCAUGCCUGAUAGCUGCUGCCACGUCUUCUGCCUCAGAUGUCUCCUCACAUGGGCUGAGUUACAGAUGGCUCCCUCCUGCCCAGUGGACAGAAGACCUUUCACUAAUGUUUACAGAUGGGAUGGGAAUCUGAGCUGUGUUCAGGUUCCUGUGAAGAAGCGAGCAACUCAACCUGAAGCUGAGAGCUGCUGCUGUAGAAACCCCGGACAAAAAAUCUGUCUCAAAAAUAAGCCGACAAGAAGAUUGAGACGACAAAAGGUGGAGAGGACGGCAGACGCCAAAACAAAAGGACUUGUGAGGAAAUGUAACGAUGAAGACCCCUCCUCUCUAAGCAGAAAAAAGGUGAGAGGAACAGAAUGCUGUACUUGGUCACUGUCUCCCUGUGUCUCAUUAACAACCACAUCAACGCAGGACAUUGUAGAGCCUGUUUGGGUGACAGAGGACAUCCCAUAUGACGCUGGUUUCAAACAGUGCAAACCCCAGGCACAAGACUGUCCGUGGCUUUCUCCUGCUGCUCCCAUCCCUGCUAAUGGCACCUCGAGGCAGAGUUUCCAUCCCGCCAGUUGGAACCACAGUUCGUUUCCAUUCGGUAUCUGCUCAUCUCCCUUUACCUCCAGCUCCCUGUUUGGCUCCGGACAUUUUGUGUUCGAGGGGGUUGUCUGCGCAAUCACAUGUCCCAAAGGAGGAGAGAAGAGAAACAGCCGAGCCUCGACCUCCAAAGCUCCCACCAAAGAGGCUGAGUCUCUACCGACCAGGCGAUCUGGACGCAACAGUAAAACCCAGGAAGAGACUCCCGCGUCUGACCCCUCAUCACUGCCUCAGUCCAGUUCAUCGGACUCCGACUCGUCUACCAACCAGUCCGCCAAACCGGUCAAGACUUCUCAGGCACCAGCCAAGAGGAAGGGCAAGCAGGUAACAAACCGAAAGGCUAGCGGCAAGCGGAAAGCCACAACAAGAAAAAAACGCUCUCCUGAAUUCGUUAGCAGCCCAGGAGCAAGUGAGGAGGAGGAAGAGGGUGACGGAGGUGACGACAAGGAGAAGGAGGAGGAGGAGGAGGAAGAGGAAGAAGAAGACAAAACAGACAAAGAACAGGAUGCAAAUAACUCAGAGCAACAGCAGUCUGAUGUUGAAGGGAGCCUCAAUGCAGACCAGGACCAGGACGGGUUCAACUCUGCCGAUGAGCAAGAGGGUGCAGAAUCAGAGAGUAAAGAUGUGGAACAGGACAGUGAUGAGACUCAGGAACAAGCUAAUGAACAUGAACAAGAAGAGAAACCGCAUGAGGGAGAUGAGGACCUGUCUUGUCCCUCAGACAUGGCUCCUAACAGCCCUGGUUCAUGCUCUGAGGGCGACGAGAGCAAAAUAGAGGAAGAAGAGCCAGCCAGCCCUGUGUCCUGUGGAGACGAGGACUCUGAGAAAAGGUCUUCUCCAUCACCCUCUGACUCCCAGAAUGCUCUUCUGGAAGACCUGAUGUCUCCACACUGUGAUGAGCAAACUGAGCAGGAUGAUGAAAUGGAGAUUUGCAGCGAGUCAAAAGAAGCCGACAGUGAAGAAGAAUCUCCAAAGGAAAUGAAGGCAGAGUCAUAUGAGAGCUUGACACUUCCUGGUUCUCCCUCUGCUGCAGAGUCAGAGGAAAAUGUGGCCGAGCCUGAGACAAAAGCUUCUGAGGACACUGAGACGAAAACACUUGGGUCAGAAGAAGCUUCAGUGGUGGACAGUUCUGGGGAAGGAACCAAGGCUGACAGUCCAUCCAAGGAUGACAAUAAUGUCGUCCCCAUGGACUGCAGUUCGCCCAUGAGUGAGCAUGGGAACAAUCCCAUUUUGGAGCCACCAAAGGAGAGCGCUGACCCGGCUGCUGCGGGACCCUCUUCUUCUGAAAGCCAAGUCGCCAAGGACGAGAGCUGCAAGGACCAACGCGAGAGGGAGAAGAGCCAAGAGAGGAAGAACAGCAGGCAGCGGCGCUCUCGCUUCCACUCGCCGUCCUCCACGUGGUCACCGAAGAGGGACUCCAAGCGGGAACCAUCCAGGCGCUCGCGCUCACGCUCCAGGGAACGUGACGGCAGCCCGCCCUCCAGCCACUCCUCCCGGGCUCGCAGCAGAGAAAGAGACAGGGACCGGGACAGUGAGAGAGACUAUUCUAGGAGGGACCGUAGUCGUGAGAGGAGGAGAAGGCGAUCGAGGAGUCGCUCCAGAUCUAGGUCCCGCUCUCGGUCCAGGUCUCGAUCCAGAACAAGGUCCUACAGACGGGGGCCCAGCCCCGAUUGGGGGCCGGCAUCCAGAGAGCAGUCUCCGCAAAGGAAGGAGCGCAGGGGUGGGUGGAGGUCGGGGCAGGGUAGCGGGUCUGGUGGUGAGGGACGGAGGUAUCAUGGAGGCACUAGCCGCUUUGAAAACGGCGUGCCCACAGAAGGCUCCCCUGAUCGCCAGGGCUGGUCAGAAAAUCCUGACUGGGUUACAGAAAAGACUCGUGGUGAAGCCGAGAGCAGGAACCGGGACUUUGGCUUCAGUGGCGGGUCACGCUGGGAAGACAACCGCAACAGUAGCAGUAACAGGGGAGAGACACGCGGCCGGGGGGGCCGGGGAGGGUUUGAACGUGGCCGGGGUGCAGGGCGGGGCGGCAGCGGCGGCAGCAACCGCGGCUUUUACAAUCAACAGGAGGAAACGGCCGACAACCGCUGGCAGCCCAGAAACAACUUCUCAGGUACAGGCAACAAUUCAGGGAAUGACGCGUACAGCCGCUUCAAUGAGAACCGGGGCGGCGGCCGGAGGAAAGAGUCCGAGCCCAGUGACUCUAUGCUGGACCGGUCAGGAUGGUCAUCAGCAUCAAGCUGGGCUGUCAGGAGGACGCUCCCCGCUGACGUUCAGGACUAUUACUCCAAGAGGGAGAGAGGAGGACCAGGAGGCUGGAACCGACAAGAGGAGGAGCAGCAGCAGCCGACAGCAGCAGAUCCCACUAAAAGUGAGCCCCCUCCCCCGGCGGUCCCCGGUAACGCUCCGGUGCCGGUGAUGAACGUGAUUCCUCCUCAUCCUCAGCUGAAUGUUCUUCACCAUCACUACCCCAUGCAGGGCCCGCGAGGAGCCCUGCCCGUCAGCUUGCAGCCCGCAGCGCCAUACGCGAUGCCCCCUCAGGUCCCCGUGCACCUCCACCCUGCUGUGCCACUGCUUCAGGUGCCCGCUGUCGGCGCUCAGGGCCUCCCCCCUCCUCCCCCGCCGCCUCCCCCCAUGCAGCAAGGCAGCCAGACAGCGGCAGCUCAGCCUGAUGGCCACAUGACUCAGAUGGCGAGUACCAUAGCGGGUUAUGGGAAACCCGCCCUGCUUCCCACCCCUACCAAAGCUGGUGUUGCCAUAGCGACACAGGGACAGCCAGCACCCAGCCAGGUGCUGCCGUCCUCUACAACUCAGCCUGGUCAUAACAAGGCUCAAGCCGACAGCUCCAAAAAAGAAAAGAAACAACAAAUCCAAGAGAAAGCUAUAAAUGAAGUGAAGACAGCCAUCAAACCUUUUUACCAAAAGAAGGAAAUCACCAAGGAGGAGUACAAGGAGAUCGUCCGCAAAGCAGUGGAGAAGGUGUGUCACAGCAAGAGUGGUGAGGUGAACUCCAGUAAGGUGGCCAACCUGGUGAAGGCCUACGUGGACAAAUACAAGCACGCCCGAAAGAAAUGAACCUCUGCCCUGCUGCCGGCGCGGCGACGCCCUCGCUGACCCAUUCAGCUGCUCAAGUGCAAUUUCCUCAAGCUGGAAUCUGGCCUCCAAACUGAAAGAUGACGGAGCGCCAACAUUUUUCUUUUUUUGAUAUCUGUACCUUUUAUUGAAUGAUGAAGAUUUUUUUCUAUAGAUUUUCAUAUUUUGUUAGAAAAAAAGAAUGACCCAAUCAGAAAUUGUAAUGCAAGAGCCCUUUAUUUUGCAUAGAUCACGUGGCUUGGGAACUACUGUAAGCAGCGCAGGGUAGC